ACCGUGCGUGCGUGUGUGUUUGAACACCCAGUAGCUGCUUGGAAUAGCCAAGCCAUGUGAUUCCUCCAGAUUCUAUUUCAGAACGGCGUCCGUCAAACACUCUGCACUCUUCACAGCAGCUCGAAGAAUAGUUAGCAAAUACGUUGUUUAAUCCCUUUAGUUGCCAUCGUUCCUUCGAACUUUCUGCUCCGAUCAACAGGUGAAGCGUAUCUUUAGGUGGUUUUGAGUGCUGUGUAUGUGACCUCUCCCCUGUGACCUCUGAGCCCUGGUCAACCUUUUCCCCCUUGCCUCCCCUACCCUCCCUGAGGCCAGACUGUGAUCCAUGGCGCUGCUUCUUAGUUUCGCGAAGCAGUUGUUGAGGGUGAAGGUGGUGGACUGUAACACAGAGGAUUCCCGUCUUUCCCGAUGCCUCAAUACUUUUGACCUGGUGGCCCUGGGCGUGGGCAGCACGCUGGGGGCUGGUGUCUAUGUGCUAGCUGGUGCUGUUGCACGUGAGAAUUCAGGUCCUGCUAUUGUGCUGUCUUUCCUGAUAGCAGCAUUAGCCUCGGUGUUGGCUGGCUUGUGCUAUGCUGAAUUUGGAGCCCGUGUUCCAAAGACAGGCUCGGCUUAUCUGUACUCCUAUGUGACUGUAGGGGAAAUCUGGGCCUUCAUCACUGGAUGGAACCUCAUCCUCUCCUAUAUCAUCGGUACCUCCAGUGUGGCCCGUGCAUGGAGCGCAACCUUCGACGAGUUGGUAGGGAAGUGCAUAGAGCAGUUCUGCAGAAAGUACAUGUCCAUGAAUGCACCAGGCAUACUGGCAGAAUAUCCAGACAUGUUUGCUGUAGUCAUCAUUAUAACCCUUACAGGUUUGCUGGCAUUUGGGGUCAAAGAGUCAGCGAUGGUGAACAAGGUUUUUACGUGCAUCAACAUCCUAGUCUUGCUGUUCAUGGUGGUGUCCGGACUGGUCAAAGGCACUUUGAAGAACUGGCAGCUAGACCCUGAAGAGAUCCUACAUACCUACAAUACCAGUAACUCCAGCCUCAAUAUCACGGACAACCCACCUUCCAAAGAAAGGUUAGGAGAGGGUGGCUUCAUGCCAUUCGGUUUCACAGGCGUCCUUUCCGGAGCUGCUACCUGCUUCUAUGCCUUUGUAGGAUUUGACUGCAUCGCCACCACAGGUGAAGAGGUGAAGAACCCCCAGAGAGCCAUUCCUAUCGGCAUCGUAUCCUCUCUGCUCAUCUGCUUUGUAGCGUACUUCGGUGUUUCUGCUGCCCUCACCCUAAUGAUGCCAUACUAUCUGCUGGACAGCAACAGCCCUCUUCCUGUAGCUUUUAAAUAUGUAGACUGGGGAGGAGCCAAAUAUGCUGUGGCUGUAGGCUCUCUUUGUGCUCUGUCUACUAGCCUGCUGGGUUCUAUGUUCCCUAUGCCCCGUGUGAUCUGGGCUAUGGCUGAUGAUGGGCUGCUUUUCAAGUUCAUGGCUGAGAUCAGCCCCCGCACCAAAACCCCGCUAACUGCAACCCUCACCUCUGGCGUAGGGGCAGCUAUCAUGGCAUUUCUGUUCGACCUUAAGGACCUGGUGGACCUGAUGUCAAUAGGGACGCUGCUGGCGUACACAUUAGUGGCUGCUUGUGUCCUGGUGCUCAGGUACCAGCCCACGCAGCCCAGUCUGGUGUAUGAAAUGGCCAAUACCCAGGAGGAGGUGGAGAUGAGCGAUGGCAUCAGUGCCCCCAGUAUGGGCAUCCUGCCUGGUGUGGAGGAGAGGCUCAGCUUUAACACCCUGAUGUUCCCGGACAACCCUGAGCCGUCCAUACUGUCAGGCUUCACUGUCAACAUCUGUGCCUCUCUCUUGGGACUGUUGAUCCUGGCAUUCAGUGUACUGGCAGUGCAGGGGGGCCUCGCUAUGUGGAAUAUUGUAGCCCUCAGUGUCAUCUUCAUGGCGUGUCUCCUCCUCACCUUUAUCAUCUGGAGACAGCCUGAGAGCAAGACGAAACUCUCCUUCAAGGUUCCACUGCUACCCUUCAUUCCAGUGAUCAGCAUGUUUGUCAAUGUCUACCUGAUGAUGCAGCUGGACAGAGGCACUUGGAUACGAUUUUCAGUCUGGAUGGCUAUAGGUUUCCUGAUCUACUUCUGCUACGGUAUUCAUCACAGCGCCGAGGCCACUAUGGUCCACUCGUCUCCAGACACAGAGAUGAACGGCUUCAAGCUUGACCAUGAUUCAGCCAUGUCACCAGAAAAGGAGGCCUUCCUCCACAACGGCAUCGAGGUCAGAGAAGAUGAUGAAGGAGAUUUGUAGGAAGGAUCAGAACAUACUGUACAUUUCAUCCUGCCCUGACGCCAGUCGGUCUGCGCGUAUUUUUGACAGGACAAGUCCCAGUCCCCUCAUUGGCAGUACUCCCCAUUUUGGCAGUUGAAAGUAACGAUAAAUAACUAAAUAACUCAAACCUGUGACUUUCCCCUUCGGCUGCUGGGUAGAACACAGACAACUGGUGGUAAUUCACGUGCAAAAACAGGACUUUUGAAGCCUCAUGUUCUAUCAUUUCAGUAUUUUGUUUGUUGUCCCUUUUGCUUGGCCUUGGGUUUAAACUGCCGUUGUCAUUUGGCUAUCUCAGGGGGGAGGGGACAUGUUGGAGACAUGAAACAUGUCAAUGUUUCCUAUAGGUUCAGGGAUACUGGAAGACCAUAAUAUUUGCUUCGGGUCGUCUGAAGAGUGUCUGGAUUACAGUGCUGGCAGUAGAACUAUGUGCACAUGUGCAAUCAGCUUUUCUCCGGAUGCCAUAAAGUUCAACAGUAAUCUCUAUUUUUCUCUUUCUUUCUGUUAAAACAUAAAUACUAUAUAGCUACAUUUUCCUGAACAUUAGAUCACAGUCAGUAUUAAAUACAGAUGCCAAUAGCUACAUUCUCUUAUUGCAAAUGUGAAUACCUGCCAACUCUUAUGUAACUGAUGCUGAAAUGCUGCUCUAACAAUCCUUCAUGACAGGUGGGAGCUUGCACAAUACACUGCUUGUCAAUUAUAUAAUUACCCUUGUUCACUAGCAGAACAAGGUGGUCGGGCCACUGGUUGCACCUAUAAGUGGACCAGCAGGGAGCUGUAGCCUACAGUUUCUGCGUGUCCAAUUUCAAGUCUAAGUAUGAUGCAGAAAUAGUUGUUUUAAUCUAGGUUAAAAAUUCCAUACAUAUAAGAUUCAGAGGAGGAGAUGAGGUCUAAAGCCUAAGGAACAUUUUAAAUUGAGUAGUUUGUUAACAGAUGUCUGCAUCCUCUUCAUAAUAAUAAUGACAGAUGUUACUGAUACAUGUAAAACAUCAGGUGAAGACACUGACAGUGUAACAACCAGAAUACACAAGGCACGGACACCGCUCGACACGUCUGUCACAGCAUGGCUGCAGCAGAGUGCGUCCAUUACAACCAACUGAAGCUGCUACAAUGACCGUAGAAGCCGCGCGACUCGUCUCUGUUUAAAAAAACAAGUACAAACUGUUUAAAAAUGAUUGAAAUAAAUAUCUCAUUGUACCAGAGGCAAUGCAAUGCAGCAGGAAUAAUCAAUGUGUAUCCAUGAUCCUCUAGUUAAUUAAUUCAGUAGCAGUUAAUAUAGCCUACACUUCCAAACCCUACAUAACCAACUGCAUUAUCACUUGGCAAAACGCAAUAUGCAUGCAUUGUCAGAGAUGGACUCUGUGUAGCAGGUGGAAAACCCAGCUCCGCAGCACCUACGUGACGUGCCAUCCGUGCCUGGUGUAUUUCAGCUGUAAGUCAGUUAAUGUCAUGUAACAGGAGAUUUUCACAGUGCUGGCUGCUGUGUCUUUUUGAAUCCAUAGCUUGUAACAUUUAGUUUCCCUUAUAAAUAAUACAGGCCAACUUUUUUUUUUUUUUCUUCAAAUGUUUAAUUUGGGUUUGUGUUUGUUCCCUGUUUAUUUUACGCCUUUCUCAUGUGCCUUUUUAUUACCCACUUCUUAAAACGUGGUCAUUUCCAGUGUGUUUUUCAGAUUCUGAAUCUGAUUGAUUCAUUUUUACAAUGAAGCAAAAGCCAUCAAAGAAUUUGAUCAGGUACACCUUUCUAUUUUUAGCUUGUAUUCAUUAAAAUAUAUAAUACUUUAAGAUAAGUUUCUCUUUUCAUAGCCUUAAAAGUAACUAUUAAUUGGUUAACAUUUAGAUCACCAAUAUUCCCAUUAGCUGUAACCCUCUAGUGCAUUCACUGUGGUUUUGGGAGUCUCUUACAACAAAGUAGCUGUCUAUAAGUAGCAACAUGUAUAAUUAAGAUUGUGUAUAUAAGAUAUUGUUUAUAUUUCUUGCAGUAAAUUAUUUGUAAAUUGGAGAAAAGGCUUUUUGUUAUUUUGAAUGCCUAAUGACUUUUGUGCAUAACUAGAAGCAUCUGUCUGUAGGUGCUUCAGUUAUGGCAGAUAUUACGUUGCCCUGCAAGUGUCAAACAUUGCGUUCUUUAUAUUGUGUUUACAGUAUCAGUGCAACUGAAACUUUGUAUCCUCAGGGUUGGCAAAGUCACUGCCUUCACCUUCUUUUGUCAUGACUUUUACCGCGUACGCCUUUAUUAACAAAAAAAGUGCAGUUAUAAAACUAGAAACAUGAGACGUUGGCAUGACAACAGCAGAAACAAGUUCAUUGAGGUCAUUGUGAGCUGCUUGUUAUGUAGCCUUUCACAGAAGUGUAAUAAUCUGACACCUAUAUCAAUUUCAUCAACCAUACAUGACUGACUUUUCUAGCCGUUUUUGUUAUUUGUGAACGGAACAGCUUAAUGGAAUGAAA